ACACUAAUUAAGUUUCCAAGAGUUUAUGUGGCAAUUAUUAUAGAGUAUAGAUCCUUCUUCAUGCCUCCGAUCUCUGGUGUUAAUCUGACCCUUUUUCUGAUUGUAUUAAAAAACAUUGCUGUUUACAACCAAGAUCCAACAUGAGCUUGAACAUCAUCUGGUUGGUUCUCAGCUUGUUUUUUUCACCAUUUGUUUACAGCUCAGACAACUUUACUACUGAUACUUUGGAUACAUUUCUUCAGGAUUCUGCUUUUAAAUCCUUGGUUCGCCAGUGGCCUCACACUGGUGCUUUAUACAAGGGUCUGAUUCCUGUGAAUCUAUCAGGUAUGGAAGUCUCAAUAGUACGAAUCAGAAGCCGGACACUGUGGAAAAUUGGUGCUAAUUUUAGCAACUUUCAGAUUCCAUCCAGAACCAUGACAUCGCCACAUGUGAAGAGGCUGGCUAUAGUCUAUCAAGACUUGGGCAACUGGUCUUCUUAUUACUACAGCGCUCCAGGUUACUCAAUGAUCACUCCUGUUGUUGGUUUCAUGGUUUUCAAUGCAUCAAACGCAAGGGCCGAAAGCACUGAGAAGAUUAGCCUUGAUACAAGGGGAAAGGCUAUAGUAAUUCGUUUCGCCAGCUCAACGAUGCCUGAGAGCAUGAUAGUUUUUGGAGCAAAAUGUGUAACAUUUAGUACUAGUGGGAAAUUUCACCUUAGUGAAAUCAACCAGUUUAAUGAAUGUCAUUCUCAAGAUCAAGGCCACUUCUCUAUUGUGGUUCCACUACAGAGGAAAGGAAGAGAUAAGAGGAAGCGUAGUCUGUGGUAUUUAUGGGUGAUAGAGUUUGUGCUUGGAUUCAGUGUAGUGGCUUUUCUAGGAUACUUUGGGAUAGUGUCUCUGAAACUCUUGAAAACGAAGAAGAUUCAAGCAAUGGAAAGACAAUCUGAUGAAGAUUUGGUUCUUGAUACUAUUUGGGUUGGCACUAGUAAAAUGCCUUCUGCAACAGUAACAAGAACUCAGCCAAACCUUGACAAUGGAGGUUUUUUAGAGUCCUAGAGUAUAGACCUUUUCCUUUGAUCCUUGCUUAAAUCCUCUUCUUUGUUCAACUCUUCUCUUUUCCCUAGUAUUUCUUUUUU